UCUAACGAUACAAGAUCUCCCCUAUUUAAAUUCACCCUUGUUAAGUCAAGAAAUCAAUAAUUAUACGGAAAACAUUUGGUGAGUUUCCCAAAUAAGUAAGUCCAAAUUUAGGGCGACACAUAUAAUAGAAAGAUAUAGAACGCGCGUGCGCUUUUCUCUGAGGGUAUUCUUUAAAAGUUUUGUGUGUUAUUAGUACGGAUCUGUUGAUCAAAAGUUCUAGUCAUAUUUGUAGUACUUUAAAAAAAAAAUUCAAAAAUGGUUGCGGUUGAAGAUAAUAGAAUUGCCGAUAGAUUUUGUGGAAUGAGUUUAAAAGUUUCAUUGAUUUUUUUUGGUGGCGUAAGAAUUAUAGGAGCUUUGGGACAACUAAUAAUACCUAUAAGAAAUCAUAUAGAAUAUUGCGAUGUAAAUACUGAUACUACUUGUCGCGUAAUUUCAAACAACGAAUUUGCGGGUAAUUUAUCCAUAUCUGCCUUCGGAAUCUUGUUGGUUUUCAUGGCAAUUUUCGGAUCAAUCAUGAAUAAUAAUAAAUUUCUGAUUGCAUCACUUGCUAUUGACGCGAUCCAACUAAUAAUUUUGCCGUUUGUAUCAUGGUACAUUUUGAGUAGUUACGAAAACCAUGACUAUGGUGCAGUUGUGGAGCCACUUGUAAAUUAUGCUUAUAUGGGUAUCAUUAUGGUGUACAUGAUAUUGGCAAUCAGCCGGUAUGAAGAAAUAAAGUCUUCCAAGAUGUACCCCCUUGCUGACGAAGCCGAUGAUCAAGAGCCGGGUGCUGAAAACGAAGACGAGAAAGAUUUACCUAAGAACGGAAACGUCGAAGGAAGUUUUCGGGGAACACAAGAGGGAAAGCCAGAAAAGUUUUAAAUUAUAAUUGUUAAUUUAGGUGUUGAUUGAAUUAUCAAUUUGGAUAAAAUUGUAGUGUGGAAAUUU